CUCCUCUGUAGCUAAACCGUUGCCUGCACCAGCCAGUUAUCAAACCCGCCGACUCUGGUCUAGCCCCUAAAAUGCAUGGAUUGCGCCUGACCAUGACUCAGAGUAGACAAGCGGCACCGGGUCGUUGUCUGGUGAUGCCACCACUCCCUUCUCCCCCUUAGGUAUUAGGCAUUGCGGGCUGUACGUAGUGUGUGUAUGUGUGUGUAUGUGUGUGGGUGUGGGUGUGUACAGUUUGCAUGUCUGCCCUAAGUGCUCCGUACCGUCUGGCUCAAACAUUAUGCGAUUUAUGAAAUUGUGCCUCAUCGUCGCAUCGGAUAUGGGGAGCAACCUGAAAGCAGGCUUUUGCCAGGAUCCGGAACACUUUCCGGGCAGCCAACCCAGGGCAUCGAGACCAUCAAGAUGCUGUGCUUCUGGCCACGGACACGACCACAUACCUAAUCUACUAGGCUAUCCAGUGUGUGUAAUUAAGGGCAAAAUUUCCCUCUUACCCUCUUGCGACCUCUUCGCCAGUUUCUUUGCUCAAAUUGUGUUGUGCAAAUGCCAAAGAAUCGCAUCUCUCCGCCGCGGGGUUUUUUCCCGUCCAUUUGGUUCGCACAUACCUAAGGAUCGGAUGAGAUUAUGGCCCAGUCCAGACCACACUGCUCUAACAGUUAACCCUCGAGGUAGGUAGGUAAAUAGAUACCUCUUACCUUAGGCACCCACCUCGAGGUACCUUGGUGCUGCCGCUCAUCACGUG